AUGACGGCUUCUUCUUUCUCUUUCAGCUCCCUUGAGAAUCUCUCCCUGGCGGAUCGAGUGUUAUUCAACAAGUUUAGCAAGGGGCCCGAGUGUCCUAUUCCCUACAAUGUAGCCCAUCACGCAUUCGAGGCGGUUGCGCUGGCGCACCCCGAUAUCACUGCGGUUCGGAACUACGAUGGGACCACCAUCACAUAUCGCGAGCUCGACCGACGGGCCAAUAUGUUGGCUAAUGAGCUGAUACAAACCUACGGCCUGCAGAUCGGCGAGCGUGUGGUGUUGGUGUACUCGCGCUGCAUUGAGAUGGUUGUCUUCAUCCUGGCCGUCCUGAAAGCUGGUGGUCAAUACGUGCCAUUAGAUGGUGGUAUCGUCACCGACGACACUCUCGGUUUCGACAUCGCCGACUCCAACGCUCCUGUCGUGCUCUGCCUUCCCAAGUUUUUCGACAAGGUGAUCCGAAGUAUCCCUAGCGAUAGACGGGACAUGGUCAAUGUCCUUGACCUUGAUAGCACCUCGGCAUUCUGGCGCCUGGGAAACCCUGCCGAUCCUACGGUGGAUGUCCGUACAGAGGAUGGCGCAUAUGUUAUCUACACAUCUGGUACUACCGGACGACCAAAGGGUGUUGAUGUGCGGCACAGAGGCGUGACCAACACCCUCUUGGCAGAACCUUCUAAACUCGGCAUCACUAUCGGCAAGAACGUGGCACAGCAACUCAAUGUUGCUUUCGACAUGUGUGCAUGGGAGAUUCUGGGCACCAUGAUGAACGGUGGCACCCUCCACAUCAGAGGCAGCGGUCUCGAGCCCUGGACGGACUGUCUCCAGCGAGUCGAUGUUGUCAUCGCCACCCCUUCUGUGGUCCUCAAGUACAUGCCGAAUGUUGCAGACUUCCCCAACGUUGAAACCAUCGCCGUUGGUGGCGAGCCUUGUCCUCUGGCUCUGGCCGAGAAGUGGGCUCUGCAUGUCAACUUCUGGAAUGUCUGUGGCCCAACUGAGAUCAGCAUGCUCAACACUGGACAUCUCCACAGGCCAGGAAUCCCAUUGUCUAUCGGCAAGCCUAAUCCUAACACCAACGUCUACAUCCUGGAUGACGAUGAGAACCCCGUUCCUGUUGGCAAAUCAGGUGUGAUGUGGGCUGGCGGUCCAGGUGUCUCCGCGGGGUACAUCAACCUUCCUGAGCUAACUGCCACACGUUAUAAGCUCGACAAGUUCACCAACGUCGGAAACAUGAUGUUCAACACCGGCGAUCUUGCACAAUGGCUUGAGGAUGGUAGCCUUCUACCCCUCGGCCGAAAAGACGACCAGGUCAAGAUCCAGGGUUUCCGAGUCGAGCUCGACGGUGUCUCACGCUCCAUCGAAACAGCACCAGGCGUCAUCAAAGGCUGCGCAUUGAAGAUCGACGAUACUCUGUGGGGCUUCUACUCAUCCCACGUAAAGAUCGACGAAGCAGAGCUGAAGCAAGCCGUCAGCAAGGGUCAGCCCUUCUACGCCGUCCCCAAGAUAUGGCGUCACCUACCAGUCCUUGAACUUACCCCCAACGGCAAGGUCGACAAGAGGGCUCUUUACCAGAUCGCCAAGACACCCGAGAUCUUAGAGCCUGAGGCUCUGGGUCUGAGCAUCAAGCCCCGUCCUCAGACAUUGUGGCCCUCUGCUGAUCGCCUCAUGUCGAUGAAUAGCUCAAGUGGUGGAAGCCUGGCUGAGAAGUAUGGUACCUUGGGAGACUUGGAGAAGCAUUCCAAGUCUUUGUCUAUAGAUGAAGAGGAGCUUCUCGAGGACGAGUACCCACUACCCGAGAAGAACGGCUUUCACGGUUGGCGCUGGGUUCGACACACUGCAUUCUCUGCAUAUCGAAAGCUCUUUGGCUUUAUCUUUAUUGUCAAUCUUGCUGUUCUUAUCAUUCUUCUAUGGGCCAGUCGCGACAACAACUUCUUCCCAUCGCCCUCCCAUCUGGCCACGGCUGUAGCAUCGAACCUCCUCUGUGCAGUCCUCAUCCGCCAAGAGUACGUCGUUAACGCGAUAUUCUUCGUCUGCUCCAGAGUUCCCACAUCUUACCCUCUGUCUAUCCGAAGACACUUUGCGCGUGUCUACCAUAACGGCGGUGUUCACUCCGGUUGUGCUAUCUCUGCUACUACAUGGUGGGCUAUGUACAGCGUGUCUGUCAGCCGGGACUUUCUUUUGGCAGAGGAUCAACCGGCUAUCAAGUGUGUUGUCCUCGCGCUGACUUAUGUCAUCCUGGUUCUCCUCAUCUUCAUUCUGGUCAUGGCGUAUCCUGCGAUUCGAAUGAAGAUGCACGAUCAGUUUGAGUGGGCGCAUCGUUUCAUCGGAUGGUUCUCUGUCGCUCUCGUGUGGGCACACGUUGUCGUAUCAACAGCGGCCUCAACCACCGGUCCUUUGGGCCCUGCACUUGGCAAGUCUCCAACCAUCUACCUACUCUCCCUCAUCACACUCAGCAUUGCUUUGCCGUGGGCGAGACUACGCCGCGUCAAUGUCGUGCCAGAACCUCUGUCAGGCCAUGCCGUCCGUCUUCACUUCGACUUCUGCACACCUGGCCCGUGUACUUCAAGAGGUGUUCGUAUCACCGAUCGUCCCAUGAUUGAGUGGCAUGCAUUCGCUGCUAUUCCCGAGGCCAACGGCAAGGGCUUUUCCAUCAUCGUGUCAAAAGCCGGCGACUGGACCAAGCGAAUCAUUGAGAAGCCACCAACAUCCAUCUGGACCAGAGGAACGCCAGCGUCUGGUGUGUUGGCCAUCGCACCACUUUUCAAGAAGGUCGUUCUCGUUGCAACCGGUUCUGGAAUCGGGCCUUGCAUGCCAGUCAUUAUGGAAAGGCGCGUGCCUUGCCAUGUGGUGUGGUCAACGAAGAACCCGCUAUCGACAUAUGGACAAGGAAUCCUCGACACCAUCACCGCCUGUGACUCUGAAGCCAUAAUUUGGGACACGGACAAGAAAGGACGGCCCGACAUGGUGAAGCUCGCCUACCAGGCCUACAAAGAGAGUGGUGCUGAGUGUGUUUGCAUCAUUUCCAACCGAUCCACAACAGCCAAGGUUGUCUAUCAGCUCGAGGCUCGUGGCAUUCCAGCGUAUGGUCCCAUUUUGGAUUCUUAA